AGGCCGGAAACCACAGCGUUUCCAGUUCCUGGAGACGUUUUAACUGGAACCAGUGUCCACUCCUCUGGACUGCCUCUGCAGAGACGGUGACACAGAGGACAGCAGACGUUGCCGUGAUGACAGACUUCCACUACGAGAAAGAGCAAGACAGCAGCGCACUGUGGGUCAAAGAUGGUCCUCCCGUCUCUCUCUCUGGAGUCUCCAGGUCCAGACGCUGGUUGUUUCCUGCUCUGACAGCGACAGUCAUCCUGAUCCUGAUCAUAGCACUGGGAGCCAGCAACAUGAAGACGUCACAUCAUUUGUGGUCGAUGGAGCAGAGUGUUAACAACCUGAGUGAUGUCAUCCAAUCACUGAACGCCUCACUGCAACGUGCUCAAGAAGCAGCUGAAGACGCUCGGCGGCUCAAGUUUGCUGUGGAGAACAACAAGGAUCAGCUGCGCUCAGUGUCUCAGGCUCUGAAGCAGCUGUCCGUCAUCGACUCUCUCAGCAGGAGCGUCGCUUCACUCAAAUGUUCCCUCGAACGCAUCAUCAACAACAGCUCGGCGGCUGACGGUUGUUGUCCUUUGGGUUGGGAGCACUUUGACGGCAGCUGUUACCUGUUCAGCGGUUUGUCUCUGUCCUGGAACGAGUCCAGAGUCUGGUGUGACACACAGGAAGCUCACCUGCUCAUCCUCCACACUGACGAGGCGUGGGACUUCGUGACCCGUCGUACGGGGGCUGAUAUGUUCUGGGUCGGGCUGUCAGACUGGAGGACCGGCCAGUGGGAGUGGGUGAACCAGACUCCGUACACUGUGGAGCGCAGGCGCUGGGUGCCCGGUCAGCCCGACGACUGGGCUCAUCACGGACUGGGUCCCGGGAACGAAGACUGCGCCCACCUGAAAGCCGGCGGACGCCUGAACGACCUGCACUGCUCCACCAAGAUGCGCUUCAUCUGCCAGAAGCACAGCCGGCACAUGUGAGCGGCAGCUCCGCCAUCGCGGCUCAGACCAGAACCGAUCGGUUCCGGAUCGCUUCGCUCGGUGCCGACAGGAAACUGAUGAGCUGCCGUCACGUAGUCAGAAGACGGUAAAAGUCAGACGCUGUCAGUGAAAA